AUGUCCGCCUCACUUCCGGGCAAUAGAGAUCUUCCAGCAUCUCAAUAUGACCUCUCAACAUACUGGGGCCGUGUCAUGCAGUCGGCACAGAUAGCAGAUCCGAGAACACUAUUCGUUUCGUCCUCGGGCCUUGAACAGGCAAAGCGACUGGUUACAUCCUACAAGACUGGGGAGGCGAAGGUCAUGACGCCGGAGAUAUGGCAGGCUAAAAAGAUUGUGGAUUCAACACUACAUCCAGAUACCGGAGAACCAGUUUUCCUCCCUUUCCGCAUGUCCUGUUUCGUGAUCUCGAAUCUGGUCGUCACCGCUGGUAUGCUCACACCCAACCUGAGUAACACCGGUACUAUCGCUUGGCAAGUCAUAAAUCAGUCGCUCAAUGUCGCCAUCAACUCAUCCAACGCAAACAAAUCAUCACCGCUUAGUACAUCCACUUUGGUAAAAUCCUACGUGCUGGCAGUCUCUGCCUCAUGCUCUGUCGCUGUUGGGUUAAACUCUCUUGUUCCACGGUUGAAACGCCUCUCCCCAAACACCAGACUUGUCCUCGGUCGUCUAGUGCCCUUUGCAGCUGUCGCGAGCGCAGGCGUGUUGAACGUCUUUCUCAUGCGCUCCGAAGAAAUCCGCCGCGGGAUCGACAUUUUCCCUGUGCAAUCCGAGCAAGAAAAAGCCGAACGCGAGAAGACAGGCAAAGAAGUCGCAUCAUUGGGCAAAUCUCGCAAAGCUGCCAUUCUCGCCGUGGGCGAAACAGCAAUCUCUCGCGUCCUCAAUGCGACUCCAAUCAUGGUCAUUCCUCCCCUCAUCUUGGUCCGACUCCAGCAAACACAAUGGCUAAAGUCGCGGCCCAGGAUGGUUCUCCCCGUGAACCUAGGCUUGAUCCUGACCACUAGUAUCUUUGCCCUGCCCUUGGCGUUGGCGGCGUUCCCGCAACGACAGGCUGUCAGCGCGAGGAGCUUGGAGGAAGAAUUCUGGGACCGGGGCGGUGAAGGAGGCCUGGUGGAGUUCAACCGCGGGAUAUGA